AUGCCCCGGAUUGAGGACCUACGCCAAGCGGCAUUUAAUGCCGAGAAGGACCUGAACUCGUAUCAGGCCAAGCAGGGCUUGGGCCGUAAAAGUGAUUCUGUACUCGAGUCCGGUGUCGAUGAAAUGGUGGACCAACGCUUCUCCGAAUCUAGAGGCGUCAAAUACGGCCCUGGUGCAACAGCAUCCGGUAGCGACCACCGUAAAGUUCCGGAGGAUGAGGGUGGUACUCGAGAUGAUCGCGGCAGACUUCCCACGGCGAAGCAUUUCCAGGGUCCUGGUGGCCCUGAGGAUAACAUCAAGGCUGAUUCGGAAAAUCGAACUGGAGAUCAAAACACUCUCAGCCUGCAGGACAUGAAGCACCGAGGGAUUGCGAAAUAA